AUGCCCCCAUUUGAAGAACAAUAUGACAGAAAGUGUUGGACUCCACUCUCUUGGGAUGAGGUUGGUGAGCGGCAUAUUCUGGGUACCGACUUCAUACAGGUCACUAGCGAGAAGGUGAAUAUGAUCAGAGAGAGGAUUAAGGCAGCUCAAUUCAGACAGAAGAGCUAUGCAGAUGUCAGGAGAAGGCGUUUAGAAUUUGGAGUUGGAGAUAAACUCUUCUUGCGAAUCUCCCCAAUUAAAGGGAUAAUGCAGUUCGGCAAGAAGGGAAAGCUUAGUUUGAGGAAGUACAUUCCUGGCCCCACUCAUGUUUUGACUUACAUACCCCAUGAGUUUGAUGAGGACUAUGCCUAUGUGGAGUAUCCAGAGAAGAUUUUUGACAGGAAAGACCACCUGCUCCGCAAUCGCAUCGUGUCCUUCGUCAAGGUGAAAUGGAUGAACCACCCAGAGCAGAAAGCAUCUUGGGAACAAGAAGAGGAAAUGAAGAAGUAG